UCACAGGUCCUGUGUUGCUAUGGCAACGCAUGUUUGAGACUCUAGUCUUGAUAGAUUUCUCUGAGUUUAGCUAAGUGCUUACUGGUGUGCUAGCUAGCUUGUCAAAACUACCGAAACGUUGCCCGUCUACACGUGUUAUUUGCGCAAUAUAUACGAUGCCUCCCAAAAGCAAAGGCUCAGGUAAAAAGCCUCCUAAAGCAAGAACGCCCACACUGAUAGAUGGCCUUACCAAGGAGGAGAUGUCCAAGGAGCAGCUGGAAGAGCACAUUGUGCGCCUUCGAGAGGAGCUGGACAGAGAGAGGGAAGAGAGAAACUACUUUCAGCUGGAGAGGGACAAGAUCCAUACCUUUUGGGAGAUCACAGAUAGACAACUGGAGGAGGUCAAGGCUGAACGGAAAAACUUUGAUAAGGACAUUGAAGAGGAUGAGGGGCGUCACCAAGUAGAGAUCAAAGUGUAUAAACAGAAGAUGAAGCAUCUCCUGUGUGAGCACCAGAACAUGAUCUCUGAGUUGAAAGCAGAUGGUUUAGUCUCUGCUCAGGUGGUGCAGAAAGAGCAAGAAGAAUUAGAGACUCAGCUUCAAAAGGACAUGAGGGCCAUCAUGGUCGACAUGCAGGAGCUCGACAAUGAAAACCUUGUCAAGGAGCUUGAACUGAAACAUAAUGAAGAAAUGACUGAAACAAGGAGCAUCUGGAUGAAGCAACUCGCAGAAAUCCAAACCAAGUAUGAGAAGAAGAUGGAGUUGCUGCCACAAGAGCUGGACAACAUGAGAAAAAAUGCGACCAUUGAGAGAGAGGAUCAUUGGAGCAGCCACAUCAACACUCUUAUAGAAGACCACGACAAAGCUUUCAGUGAUGCUCAUGCACUUGUUAAUCACAUGCAACAGGACUUGGAUAUGAGUGAUUCACUCAAGGCACAAAUUGAAGAGAUGAACACGAAACAGAAGGAGAAGGAAAAGGACCUGGUUCGUCUUUUGCAGGAUAACAAAAGUCUUGCUGAGCUGCUCUCAAAAGUCGUAGACGAAAGUGCAGAAAAUGAGAAAAAAAUGAAAUACUACGCAACUAAAAAGGAUGCCAAAGAAAGGGUAAAAAAAAAGGAGCUGGAUGAUCUGAAAUUGGACUACGAGACACUGGAACAGCAAUUCAGCAAGCUUCAGCUGGAAAGGGACGAACUGUACACGACGUUCACUCAGAAUAUUCAGAAGGUGCAGCAUAAAGCAGGUUUGAAGAGCACGCUGCUGGAAAGGAAGGUGAAGGACCUGACAGACGUCCUGGAGAAGACGCAGGCUCAGCUUUUCUCGGUGCUUUCUGCCUCUAACAUGGACCAAACUGCUCUUGAUGGUGUCACUAACAAAAUUGAGGAAAAGCUUGACUCCAGUAAUAAAUCCAUCAAGAACUUGCAGUAUAAAAAAGCUCAGAUUGCCCAGGCCCGUAAGGAUUUGCUGCUGACCUACGAAGCAAAGCAAAGGGUUUCUGGUGUCCCUGUGGAGGAGCUUUUUUAAAGCCCUUUGAGAGCAGUCUUGCUGGGAAAAUUCAGUAACAACACUUGGAUCUUGGGUUUCCCCCAAAAUGAGAACCAAUGAAUCCAAAGACUGAACCAUUUAUGGCAAAUCUCAUUUUGUUUUGCAUUUGAUCUCAUUAGAAUCUGACAUACGUUUCUCAUAUUUUCCUUUGAUACAGAUGUUGAUGUUCGCUAACACAAAAAUAACAACAUGAAAUAUUGCUUUCUCUA